AAGAAAGCAAUUAAUUACUUAGCAAGUAAAGAAAAAUUCUAGCUAUCUAGGUACCACAAAUUAGAAUGGGGAGGUCACCUUGUUGUGAUGAAAAUGGGCUGAAAAAAGGACCAUGGACUCCUGAAGAAGAUCAAAAACUUGUUGAUUAUAUUGACAAACAUGGUCAUGGCAGUUGGAGAGCCCUUCCUAAGCUUUCAGGACUUAAUAGGUGUGGCAAGAGCUGCAGGUUAAGAUGGACUAAUUAUUUGAGGCCUGAUAUCAAGAGAGGCAAAUUCUCUGAAGAAGAAGAACAAACAAUUCUUCAUCUCCAUUCCAUCCUAGGAAACAAAUGGUCCGCAAUCGCGACACACUUACCGGGAAGAACAGACAACGAGAUAAAGAAUUUUUGGAACACACAUCUAAAGAAGAAGCUAAUUCAAAUGGGAUAUGAUCCAAUGACUCACAGGCCAAGAACUGAUUUAUUUGCAAGCUUGCCUAAUAUAAUAGCUUUGGCAAAUUUACUUCAGCAUCAUCCACUUGAAGAUCAAGCUAUAAGAUUACAAGCAGAAGCUGCCCAAAUAGCUAAGAUUCAGUACUUACAAUUUCUAUUACAAUCUUCAAAUAAUAAUUAUAAUCCAAUACCACCUACUACCUCAUCAAACACUCAAUAUUACAAUAAUCUUGGAGAUAUUGGGGCAUUUAAUUUGACAAAUUUUGUUAAAGAAAAUAGUACUACCCCUUCUUUAAAUUUAUCCAAUCUUGAAAAUCAAACACUUUUCUCCAAUGAAACUGGCUCUCAACUACUCCACAAUCCAGAUAACACACAAGAAGUCCCUUUCAAUUUCCAAACACAUUUGAAUAAUAACAAUAAUAAUGAUAUGAGUGAUAUUGAUGGUAACAAUUUUAAUUUUGAUCUAGAAGAUAAUUCACCAAGUUCCCCAUUGAAUAAUACUAUUAUUCCCUCUCCACCUUCUUCAAGUCAUUUGCCACAUUUGACUGAAAUUUCCAUCAGCAAUAAUAAUCAAGGAGAUUCCAGUUGCAAUUCCUCUAACAAUGUUGCUGAUCAAGGGACUUCUUCUUCAUAUUGGCCAGAGCUGUUUUUUGAAGAACACUUCAUGCAUGACAUUUGAUAUUUGCCAGGCUUCGGAAAAAGUAGAAGUUUUUGUAUAUUGGUACGAUUGGUUGUUGAGUGGUUGAUAUGGAUAGUGAAGAUUAAUAUAUAGUCGACUCAAUUCACUUGGGAUUGGGAUUGACGCGUAGUUGUUGUAAUUAAUAUUAUUGAUUGUUGAGAUCCAAGGUACAUGUACGCACAUUCACAUUACGGUUCAUGUUUUUUUUUUCUUUUUUCUUUUUUGAUUUGUGUUGAAUGUGUUGUAAUGUAAAUAUUCACCAUCGUUAUAAUGUAAAUAUUUUUUAUUGUUCUGAUUUUAUGAGUUCGAAUUUAAUAUUUGUUGAGGAUUUCA